AUGAAUCUCCCGUCAUCAACUUCCAAUUCAGCCAAUACGACGUCGAAUCCCCCAGAGAUAUGCGAGAAUUGCCGCAGCCAAGACUCGUGGAUCAUACACCCCGCACGUUACCGCUCCAUCUUCACCUUCUUCUGCACACACUGCCUCCUCCGCAAACACCCGGCGUCGUUUUGCCCCACCUGCUUCUCCUUCUACGACUCCUCCCCUCCGCACCACUCUCGCCGCGUCUCCUGCUCCGACUGCGGCUCCCACACACACAUCCACUGCGCCGGAGGGGAGGCAGUAUCCCCUCCCUACCGAUGUCCUCCUUGCCGUGACCCUGACUCCUUCUCCUUCUUCCGCCCAAUCAUCGACGCAAACGGUGUUCGCUGCGUCGAUAAAUCUCUCUCGGAAGUGUUUCUAUGCGCCGCGAAGAUCUCCGCGGCUUCGAUGAGCAAAGCGGUGAACUUUGCUAAAUGCGAAGCUGAGAGGAGAGGGAGAGAGGCGGCCGUGGCGAAAAUGAGGGCACGUGAGGCGCUCGUGGAUGUUCUUAAGCUUGAUGAGAAGGCUAAGCUUGAUCGAGAUCAGAAACCAAACGUGAGUCAUGCUUCCACUAAUUCGGUUCAGGUCAAGAAACAGAACACUUUGGUUCAGUUGGAUAGAGUUAAGCAGGAACAUUGA